AGUUCCCUCGGCGAGACUCGGGAAUUCAGAGCGCUGUGUGGCUCUUCGUGGGCGCUGUGGCAGAUUGAGGCCUGAGGUUCUUGAGGGGCCUGGCGCGCUGAUUACUAGAGUAUUGGCUUACUCAUCUGCCGUUUCUCGCCUGGCGAUGGCGACGUACACCUGUAUUACCUGCCGCGUGGCGUUCCGUGACGCGGAGAUGCAGCGGGCCCACUACAAGACGGACUGGCACCGCUACAACCUGCGGCGCAAGGUGGCCAGCAUGGCCCCGGUCACCGCCGAAGGCUUCCAGGAGCGCGUGUGGGCGCAGCGGGCCGUGGCGGAGCAGGAGAGCAAGGGCACGGCUACCUACUGCACCGUGUGCAGUAAGAAGUUUGCCUCUUUCAACGCCUAUGAAAACCACCUCAAGUCGCGGCGGCACGUGGAGCUGGAGAAGAGGGCCGUGCAGGCCGUGAAUCGCAAGGUGGAGCUGAUGAAUGAAAAGAACCUGGAGAAGGGUCUGGGCGUGGACAGCGUGGACAAGGAUGCCAUGAACGCGGCCAUCCAGCAGGCCAUCAAGGCUCAGCCGUCCACGUCUCCCAGGAAGGCGCUCCCGGCGCCGGCAGAGGAGGAGUCCAAGAGUUCUGUGGCCCAGGCUGCGGGGGGACGUGCGGUUCACGAGCGGGACCCAGCCGAGAAGCCGCCCCGGCUCCAGUGGUUUGAGCAGCAGGCGAAGAAGUUGGCAAAGCAGCAGGGGGAGGAGAGUGAGGAGGAGGAGGAGGAGGAGGACCUGGACGACGAAGACUGGGAAGAUAUUGAUUCUGAUGAAGAAUUGGGAUGCGAGGACACUGAAGCCAUGGACGAUGUAGAAGAGCAAGAUGCAGAGGAGGAACGCUCACCCCAUGGUGCCAUCCCUGUAACGGACUGCUUGUUUUGUCUCCAUCAUUCAAGCUCCCUCAUGAAGAAUGUGGCUCAUAUGACUAAAGUCCACAGCUUCUUUAUUCCUGAUAUAGAAUACCUUUCAGAUCUUAAAGGACUGAUUAAAUAUUUAGGAGAAAAGGUCGGUGUUGGAAAGAUCUGCUUGUGGUGCAAUGAGAAAGGGAAAUCCUUCUAUUCCACAGAAGCAGUGCAGGCACAUAUGAAUGACAAAAGCCACUGUAAGCUCUUCACAGAUGGUGACGCUGCUUUGGAAUUUGCAGACUUCUAUGAUUUUAGGAGCAGUUACCCAGAUCACAGGGAGGGCGAAGACCCCGAUGAAACUGAGCAGUUGCCCUCAGAGAAGAACUUGGAAUAUGAUGAUGAAACCAUGGAGCUGAUUCUGCCUUCUGGUGCCAGAGUGGGGCAUCGCUCCUUGAUGAGAUACUACAAACAGCGAUUUGGCUUAUCAAGAGCUGUUGCGGUUGCUAAAAACCAGAAGGCUGUGGGCCGGGUACUCCAACAGUACAGAGCCCUGGGAUGGACUGGCAGCACAGGAGCAGGUCUAAUGCGAGAGCGGGACAUGCAGUAUGUUCAGAGGAUGAAAUCAAAAUGGAUGCUGAAGACAGGAAUGAAGAACAAUGCCACCAAACAGAUGCACUUUAGGGUUCAAGUGAGAUUCUGAGUGUCGGCCAGGACUGAGUGAUGUGUAGCCUGCACAAGUUUCCACCUUACUUGAGGAUCACCAGAAGCCAAACUGUGUGGACCCCUUUGCUGCUACUUCAUUUGUUCUGAUCUGAUAAUAAAAAUCUGGAUUAUA